GCCAGCCCAACUGAUGGCUCUCUCAGCCGCUUCCGUCACCUCCUUCUCCUUGGGAACCAGGUGCACCUCCAGCCCCAAGCCAUGUCCUGCUGCAACCCGUGCCAGUCCUGCCAGCCCUGCGGCCCGACCCCGCUGGCCAGCAGCUGCAACGAGCCCUGUUGCAGGCAGUGCCAGGACUCCGUCGUCGUCAUCCAGCCCUCCGCCGUGGUGGUGACCCUGCCCGGCCCCAUCCUCAGCUCCUUCCCGCAGAACACCGCCGUGGGCUCCUCCACCUCCGCUGCCGUUGGCAGCAUCCUCAGCUGUGAGGGAGUGCCCAUCAACUCCGGGGGCUUUGACCUCUCCUGCAUCACCAGCCGCUACUGUGGCAGCAGAUGUCGCCCCUGCUAAAGCCACUGGUGACGGCCCGGACAAGGAUCCGCUGGAACCCAGAAGAUGAUGCCAGGCUGAACGACGGAGACUCUGGCCAUUGCUCUGAGAGGGGCUGAGCAUGCCUCACGCCUCCUGCAACGGGUGUCAGCCCUGAGGAAGGGGCCAGCCUGGGCUCUCUUGAAACAUGACCGAUGCCUCUCGUUGCCUUCCUCCACUCUCUCCUUUUCCU